UUACUUUGGUUAAAUAAUGGAAUAUAUUCUCUGUAAAUUAAGAAAUCGAAGCUAUCUAGAUCUAGUAUCUCAGUUACAAAGCUACUCAUAGUAAUUCUUCAACUGGGUUAUGCCCCGUCGGCAAAAAGUAAGAAUGGAAUUCGAGUUGACUUGACCAAGACAUCAGCGUACAAACAUAAAUCCAAUUAGAUUUGUUUAGUAGAUUUGUGCACGUCUGCUCUGCUCUGAUCGAUCCUCUUCACUAUUUCCAACUCCAUUCCCACUCUCGUCUUCCAUGCCAUGUCGCCGUCGCUUUUCCCCUUCCUCCUCCUCCUCCUCGGUUUCAUCUGCCCUCUCUCCUCCGCCGUCGACCUCCUCUUCAACGGCUUCAACAAUGAAGACCUCCGCCUCUACGCUAACGCCACUCUCGAACCUUUCACAUACCACUCCCACCACCACCAACGCCGCCCUCUGUUCCUCCUCUCCCUCACCCACGACGACGACGCCUUCUCUCUCGGCCGUGCCCUCCUCCCCUACCCCAUCCCCACCAAAUCUUCCUCCCGCCAGGUCCUUCCCUUCGCCGCCUCCUUCCUCUUCUCUGUCGCCACCGUCCUCACCGCCCUCCCCGGCCACGGCCUCGCCUUCCUCUUCGCCCCUGCCCCCGGCACCCUUGGCGCCACCUCCGCCCAGCACCUCGGCCUAUUCAACCUCUCCUCCAACGGAGACUCCUCGUCACGCGUCCUCGCCGUCGAGUUCGAUGUCUUCCGCAACGAAGAGUUCGGCGAUAUCGACAGCAACCACGUCGGCGUCGACCUCAACUCGCUCACCUCCGUCAAAUCAGCCUCCGCCGGAUACUGGCCCGACGACGAAGCUGCUUUCGUGGGACUUACACUCAAUGACGGAUCCAAUUACCAGGCUUGGGUCGACUAUGCCGCCGGAAGACUCAACGUCACCAUCGCCCCUGCAAGUCUCGGCCGGAAGCCACGCCGUCCCCUUAUCUCCGUCGAAUUAGACCUCUCCGACGUCUUCCUCGAUGAGAUGUACGUCGGAUUCUGCGCCUCCACCGGGCGGCUUGUGGAGCGCCACCGCGUCCUGGGUUGGAGCUUCAGCAACUCCAAUUUUUCCUCCGGCGACGGCCUAAUCACGGCCAAUCUUCCUAGUUUCGCGACGCCGGCGUCCUCCAAGUUGAAGAGACGUCUUUCUAUCGUCCUCUCUGUCUCUGCCACGGUGAUCGCGAUGUCUUUCAUGGGAGUGCUAGGUCUAUGGGUUCGUCGUCGGAGAAACAGGGGACAGUUGGUCGAGGAGAUAAUAGAGGAGUGGGAAUCGGAGUAUUGGCCGCAUCGAAUCGACUACCAUCGGAUCGUCGCCGCCACGGAUGGUUUCGCCAGCAGCAACCUCGUUGGCCGAGGGGGCAACGGGACGGUCUACAAGGGGCUUCUUGGGGGCGAUCCGGUGGCGGUGAAGGUCUUCUCUCGAACAAAUGAGGAGGAGGCGAAGCUUUUCGCUGCCGAGGUCUGCACGCUCGGCCGGCUGAAGCACCGUAACCUGGUUCGCCUCCGGGGAUGGUGCCGGACGCGACGGCCAGCCGCUGGCGCGAUGAUUAUCGUGUACGACUUCAUGAAGAACGGAAGCCUUGAUCAGUGGAUCUACGGCGCCAAGAAGCCGUUGGAUUGGGGAUCGAGGGCGAGGGUUCUGCGGGAAGUGGCGGCGGCGGUGUGGUACCUGCACGAGGGCUGGGGCGAGGCGGUGGUGCUCCACCGCGACAUCAAGGCGAGCAACGUGAUGCUGGACGGAGAGAUGACCGGACGGCUAGGAGACUUCGGCCUGGCGCGGGCCCAACCGAGAGGGCGGUUGCUGAGGACCACCAGGGUGGUGGGGACGGCGGGGUACCUGGCGCCGGAGGUGAUACGGAGCGGGCGGACUACGACGGCCACCGACGUGUACGCCUUCGGAGUGCUGGCGCUGGAGUUGGCGAGCGGGCGGAUGGCGGCGGAGGAGGGGCGUCCGCCGCUGGUGGCGUGGGCGCGGGAUGCCGUGGCGACGAACGGGGAGCUGGCGGCUGUGGAGGUGAGAACGAGGGGGUCGGAGGGGUUCGACGAUUGGGAGGCGGUGCGGAUGGUGACGGUGGGGUUGGCAUGCACGCGCGAGGAGGGGCCGGCCCGGCCCACGAUGAGGCAGGCGGUGCGGAUGUUGGGGGCGGAAGAGUGGUACGAGGUGCCGGAGGUGGGCGGCAGGAGAGCGGAGGCGACGUCGUGGCUGCUGGAUGCGAGGCUACGGCGACCGGUGGAGACGGCCAGUGCGGGUCCCAUCUCCAUUUCCACGUCGCAGUCCGGGUUUCGGACGGACUCGUGCAUUAUAAAAGAAGCUGAUGUCUGACCAUGUAAGAGGA